AUGGCUACUCGUGGUGUAACGACUCCCCAAUCUAUUCCCUCGACCCCCAAGCGUUCAGCUAAGACGGCUUCAUCACAAUCCCUGAAUCAUCUCCUCAACUUCUCACUGCCUCCAAGACAAACACAGCAACUACAGGUGUUACCUAGGAGAAGCCGCAGACAUGGGGUACAGCAUCCUGUAUGGAACAAAGAGAGGUUUGUUAACGCGCAAUAUAGAUUCGUCAUGAACCCCAAUGGGGACUACACCGUACACUUCGCUGAUCCUGACAUCUUCUUCCAAUGGCAAGAUAUCGAGCAAAUUAUAAUCCCACGUAGCUCCGCUUUGGCCUCUGCUGCUGGCGGCGGACAAGGGGCUCUCCAGGACGAGGGACACACUAUAUGUCCCAUAUGUCUCUCUCCUCCCACUGCUCCUAGAAUGACCAAAUGCGGGCAUGUAUUUUGCUUUCCUUGUAUUCUACAUUAUUUCAAUACCUCGGACAAUACCAAGUGGGUCCGAUGCCCGAUCUGCUUUGACUCGGUCAACGAGAAGCAGCUCAAGAGCGUCCAAUGGUUCGACGGAACUCACCAGGCCGAAGACGAUCCAGACGGGCUUGUUCCUAAAGCCUCUUCCUCGUCAUCGUCCGUGGCCACAGCUCUCGAUAACCUACCACGGCCCGGCUCUACUCUUCGAAUGCGAUUGAUGCAGAGGCCUCAAAUCACCACCUUAGCUCUCCCGCGCUCCAACACUUGGCCCUCUGAUAUACUCCCCCCUCAUCAAGCACCAUUUCACUUCCUCCCCGAUGUUUACACCUACUCCAAAUUUAUGCUUGCGACGCCGACUUAUCUAGUCGAGAAGCUCACUCAAGAUCUCAAUGAUUUGACAAUCGAGAGGCGAAUGUUAUUGAGCAUGGGCGACAGCCUCGGGGUGACUUUUGUUGACGCCGCAGAGCAGAAGUUACAAGUGCAGAUUGCCAAGGCGACGGCACUGGACACAGAGUACCUUCGGAACGCCAUUGAUAAGACAUUGCAGACCCAGCAUGAAAUCCAGGCUCGAUUUUUAUACCACGAGCAGCGGCGAAAGCAGGAAGCUGCACAGCGCGAGACAUUUGAUGUGCCAGAGGCUUAUCUGGCUGCACGUUCGUCUGGUCUGAAUUCUUCUGCGCCAGUCCCUAGUCCACCCGCUGUAGCCCCUCCCCGGAGUCAGAAGCCGCGUCGCAACCUCAAUCCCCCUCCCCCCUCCACUUCGACGUACUAUUAUUACCAGGCAGCAUCGGGCAUGCCCAUCUUCUUGCACCCCCUGGACAUCAAGAUACUGAACGCCCACUUCAACGGGUACGCAUCGUUCCCAGACUCGAUCGUCGUUCGUGUCGAGGCGUACAACGAAGGGUCCGUCAACGACGAUUUACGCAAGCGCUGCAAGUACCUGGGACACGUGGCCGAGGGCGCCGACGUCGUCUUCAUUGAGGCCGAUCUGACGGACGUCGUCGGGGCGGACGGGCUGCGCAACUUUGAAGGUGCAUUGAAGAGCCGGCGUGCACGGCGCAAGGAGAAGGGGCGGAAAGACGACCGCGCGCGUGCCCGCGCCGAGGAGCGAGAGAAGGAGAAGCUGGCCUCGGUUGCGUGGAGGGAGACUGGCACCCCGCUAUAUCGCGUCCCGACUGACGCGGCGUACGCAGAGUCGCCCCCCGUCGAGGAUGUACACGAACCGGAACUAGAGCCGGAGCAUGUUCCCGUGACCGGGGCGUGGGGCUCCCGCAGCUUUGCAUCUGCGUUGCACUCCAGCACUCCGCAGCCGGUGGCUGGACAGCGGCCAGCACGGAGGGCGGAGGAGGAAGACGAGUGGGAUCUAGACAUUGCUUGGCAUGAGUUAGAGCAACGAGGCGGUGGCGGUGGGGGCGGUGGGCGGAGGAAGAGAAACCGGUUGGUGGUGUUAGGGAAUGGACCUGGCCGCAUGCAUUGACAGACAUGAUUUUGGUUUUUGAUGCAUACUUAUACGCUUUAAACAAACAACAUUGUAACAGUAUUCCAGAGCACGAUGUAAUGUCCAGCUGUUCGCUUUUUUGUGCGAUUCACGCGCAAAUUGACAUCGAUAUGAAAGCGAGUCGUAUUG